AUGAGCUUCCAUGCCGCAACCAACCCGCCAGGCGGCGUGUGGCAAGAGAACGUCUCCAACUCCACCGAGGGCUUCGGCUGCGAGGACACGAACAGCACCCUGUGCAUGGCCGGGACGUCGGUCCACGCUUACAGAGACCCGGAAGUGCUCUACAUCUUCAUGGGGCUCAACACGACGGCGUUUGGCGCGUCCCUGUGCGUCAUGCUUCUCAUCAUCGGCGGGUUCCCUCUCAGGAAGAGGUUCUUCGUCUGGCUGCUGGCGCAAGCGAUUUGCUGGGCCAUGGGCUGCAUGACGGCUGCUUUUGCGUUUGGCGCGCUGUUGGUGACGCCCACUAAGGACGACGCGCGAGUUCGAGUCGGGUGGGUGAUGUUGAAACUUCUGGGCGCCUGGUUGGUGCUGACUCUGGUGAUUAGCCUGCUCGACACGUUUCGGUUUCUCAUCUGGUUUGGGAGAAAGUCGUGGAAGGUCGGACGAAGAGCAGUGGCCUGUUGUUGUUGUGUUUGUGCAAGGCCCGGUGGUGAUCAUGUUGUCUAA